AUGUACCACCACAACUCGUACCACCGACAACAGUACACGACAACAGUCCAGCACCAACAUUCCAGCAACAACAGUAACCGUACCAUCAACAGUAACCAGCCAACAACAGUACCAGCAACUAAACAGUACCACGACAACACAGUACCCGCACACCAGUACCCCGACAACAGUAAACCAGACCGACACCAACAACAUUACCAGCAACAACAUUACCAGCACACAGUACCAGCACAACAUACCACCGACAACAGUACCACCGCCAACAGUACAUCACACAUUACAGCAACACGUACCAUCAACCAUACAGUACACGACACAUACCACCAACAACAGUACACAACACAGUACCACAACACAACAGUACCAGCAACACAAGUACCCACCGGACAACUUACCAAGAAACAACAGUACCAGCAACAACGUACGCACAACAACAGUGCCCGCAACACAGUACCACCCGACACAGUACCACCGACACGUACCAGCAACAACAGUACCAGCACAACAUACCGAGCAACCAUUAACCAGCAGACACAUUACCAGCAACAACACAGUACCCAGCACAACGUACCAGCACACAGUACCACAACACGUACCAGCAACAACAGUACCAGCAACAACAGUACCACCAACAACAUCCCAGCAACAACAGUAACCAGCAACAACAUACCAGCAACAACAGUACCAGCAACAACAGUACCAUCAACCCAACAGUACCAGCACAACAGUACCAGCAAACAACAUAUCAGCACAACAGUACGAAAAACAGCAACAACAGUACAACCAACAACAUUUACCAGCAACAACAGUAACCACCAACACAUUACCAUCAACACAGUACCACCAAACAAACAUAUACCAGCAACAACAGUAUACACAGCACCAAACAGUACGCACGACAACAUUACCAGCAACCAACAGAUACCAUCAAACAACAGUACCGACCGCAACAUGUACCAGCAACAAGGUUCCACGACACAUUACCAUCAACAACAUUCCGAGCACAACAUACCACCAACAACAGUACUACCAACAACAUUACCACACAACGUACCACACAAAGUAACCACCGACAACAGUACCACCCACAGUACAACCGACAACAGUACCAGCAACACAUUACCAGCAACAACAUCCCACCUUACAAAUUACCGCAACACAUUACCAGCAACAACAUGUACCAUCAACACAUUAGCCAAACCGACAACUUACAACAAACAACAUACCACCGACAACAUUACCAACAACAACGUACCAACGACAACAUUACGCAGCAACACAGUACAGCAACAACAGUACCAGCCAACAACAUUACGCAACAACAUUAACCACCGCACAUUACCAACAACAACAUACCAGCACAACAGUAAAACCUACCGUGACCAUUACCACCGACAACAUUCCAGCACACAUUACCAGCAACACAGUUACACGACCAACAGUAAAGCAACACAUUACCACCCAACAAGAAUUAAAAAAAAAAAUAACAUACCAGCAACAACAGUACCAAGCAACAACAGUACCACAAGCAACCACGUCCCACCGACAACAGUAACCUACCGACAACAGUACACCAAAAACAGUACCAGCACCCCAGUACGCAGCAACAACAGUACCAUCAACAACAGUACCACCGACAACAGUACCACCGACAACAGUACCACCGACAACAGUCGCACCGACAACAGUACCACUGACAACAGCCGCACCAACAACAGUACCACUGAAAACAGUCGCACCAACAACAGCUGCACCGACAACAGCCGCACCGACAACAGCCGCACCGACAACAGCCGCAACCGAUAUCGCACACACCGACACAGCUUAACCGACACCAGCUGCAACCAGCAACAGCGCGCCCGACAAACCAGUCGCACCGACACAGCUGCACCGACACAGCCGCGCCGACCACAGGCCGCACCGACAACAGACCCGUGCCCGACAACAGCUGCACCGACACACCCGAACCGGACACCACUGCACCGACAACAGCUGCACCGCAACACCCGCACCGUACACGACAGCCCGCACGACAACACACGCACCGACACCGCCUCACUACAACCACCUGCACCGACAAAACACCUCCGCACCGACAACAGUCCGCACCGACAACACAGCGCACCGACAACAUUCGCACCGACAACAGUACCCCGACCCACAUUCGCACCGACACAGCUGCACCGACGACAUUCUCACCGACACACCGCACCGACACCGUCGCCCUACAACAGUACCACCAAAACAGUCACACCGACACAUCUGCACAGACAACAGUCUCACCGACAACACCUGCACCGACACAGUCGCACCACAACACCCGCACCGGGGACAACAGUCGCACCGACAACAUGGUACCACCGACAACAGUCCGCAACAAACAACCAGUCGCACCUGACCGCAACUUCUGCUCAACAAGUUGAAACCGCACACUCUCGUCUGGUGAAUGUAACUUCAUCUGUCGCAGAAAAUGGGACUUUUAUCCUCAUUCACGGCCAAUGCUCGCAGUAUGUUUCUGUGGACAACUCAGUGUGCUUAUGUUCAGCAUGCCACUGGUCCCUUCAUUCACUCGCGCCGGGCCGAUGCCACAGUUCCAUGCUGUUCAGAUUGUCUAGUUUCCAUCCUGAAUUCACAAUGCCGGCCUUCAAACGCUGUUACCCUCAUUGCCAGCCAGAAAAUUUAGACGACUUGCUUACAGAAAGUGAGUGUUUCAUUAACUCGUCCGCAGAGAAGCCUCACAACGACGGCGCUCCUCCACAGUACGUGACAGGUAUGGACAAGCACUACCUCCCCGGGUAUGUCUCUUGA